UUGAGUCAUUACACUUUGUAAGCAACAGACUAAAAGUACUUAGUAAAAAUGUUUAAACAAUUUUUCGUGAUUGCAUUUCUUGCACUGAUUACGUAUUGUUAUUCACAAUACACGUCAUCAGGGCAGUGUUCAGACAGAAAAAAAGUAAAAGCGGUAGACAAUUUCGAUUUUGCGAAGUACGGAGAGACUGGCAAAAAAUGGUACACCAUUUUCACAUACAACACCCCGGCCGAUUGCCAAUUUGUGAAUUUUACCAUCACGUCAAACGUAACCGUCGAUUUCUUUUGGAGACGAAAGAAUUUAACUACUGGUACAUGGAAUGGUAGAUCCGAUGGCGUCGUUACGUGGACACCCGAUAGUGGUACACGUAACGGUAUUAUAAGUCUAAAAUACCCCAAUGUUAGCAGUCCAUUAGUAUAUCCGAUUCUUGGAGUCGAAUAUGAUUCGUUCACCCUGGACUACAGAUGCCUCAAUUUAAAUAGCUCAAGCAAAAUGGAAUUAAUAUGGGCCAGGAGCAGGACAACGGUUUACACGUCACAACAAGCAGCUAAAGUAAAGCAAAUCCUUAGUGACAACGGUCUCUCUGAUCUAGCACCGACGUAUGCUGUACAGGACCCAAAGCAAUGCUUACCAUACCCUUAAAAUUUGUUUAAAUUUAAUCUGUAAUGAAUUUGUUGGCAUGUGAAUAAAAUUAUUUGAAUCAA